AUGUCUACAGACUCCCAAAACACGAAGCAUAUUCCUAUUGCCCUUCGUUGCCCUCUAGUGGUUGAAGGCCAGACGGAGACACCCAACCUCACAGUGGUGACUGAAUUCAUCCUGCUAGGCAUCAAUGACCAUCCUGAGCUACAGGCCCCAUUGUUCGGAUUGUUCCUCAUCAUCUAUCUAAUUUCACUGGUGGGCAAUACGGGCAUGAUCAUCCUCACCAUGGUGGAUCCCCGGCUGCAAACACCCAUGUACUUCUUUCUCAGACACCUGGCUAUCACUGAUCUUGGUUAUUCUACAGCUGUUGGACCAAAAAUGCUGGUAAAUUUUGUCGUGGAUGAAAAUACAAUCACUAAUCACCUUUGUGCAACACAGCUAACUUUCUUUCUUGUGUUCAUCAUUUGUGAACUUUUUAUUCUGUCUGCAAUGUCCUAUGACCGCUAUGUGGCCAUCUGUAAGCCUCUGCUCUACACUGUCAUCAUGUCACAGAGGGUAUGUUGGAUGUUAGUGGCAGUUCCUUAUUUCUAUAGUGUCAUUAUUUCUCUUCUAAUCACUAUAAAAAUUUUUGCUCUACCCUUUUGUGGCUACAGGAUCAUUAGUCAUUUCUGUGAUAGUCUCCCUUUAAUAUCAUUGCUCUGCUCAAAUACACAUGAAAUUGAAAUUAUAAUUUUGAUUUCAGCAGGGUUUAAUUUGGUUUCCUCUCUAGUGGUCCUCCUAUUUUCUUACCUACUCAUUCUUAUAGCCAUUUUUAGGAUGAAUUCAGCUGAAGGAAGGCAGAAAGCUUUGUCUACCUGUGGGUCCCACUUGACCGUGGUCAUUGUCUUCUAUGGGACUUUGAUAUUUAUGUAUGUGCAGCCCAAGUCAAGUCACUCCUUUGACACUGAUAAGGUGGCAUCCAUCUUUUAUACUCUGGUUAUCCCCAUGUUGAAUCCCUUGAUCUAUAGUCUAAGGAACAAAGAUGUAAAAUGUGCCCUACAAAGGUUGUGGAAAAUAUUAUGCAAUGUUUUUUCUUAA